AUGUUAUUUCAGCUUCGAGAAAUUGCUUCCGAUAAACUGGAAAAAAAUGAAUUAGUUCAGCUUCUCAGUUGGGUUAAUGCUUAUGGGUAUAUUUCGCUAACAAAAGAAGUAUCGCACGACAUUAUUCCGAAUGUUGUGGAAGUGAGCGUCGACGAGUUCCUGAAUUUUGCUAAUAAAUAUAAAGGUAUCGCUUUAGCCAAUAACUUGGAUAUUUGUGCGGAAUCUACAGAAAAACUAAAGCAGCACAUUCGUUUGACGAUGGAAACGGAUGUUUUGCCGGUUAAUGCUGGUGCGGCAAAUUCUUCGGUGGAGGGUGUAAGUGGAGGCACUGUAUCGCUUUCCUCCAGGAGUAUGUCCAUAAUGGGAGUGUCACGUCACAUCGGUGCACUGCUUGAUGAAGUAAGCGAAGAUAUUGCGCCGCAUCUUGCUGAAAUAAUGACAAAAAGAUGGUAUGUUUUGUGAUU